CACGCUCCUUCCUUCGCACCCGCUCCACACCUCCAGUGGCUCGCCGGCGCGAUGUGUCAAGCGCGGCUGCACCAGCGGCGCGUCCCGCACGAGCAGCUCGAGCAGCUCCGCUCGGCGACAGGCUAUCUGCUCAAGUCUGCGGGCGGCGCUGUCAAGCAGCCCCCCGGCGCGCCUCAAAUUAUCCCUGGACCUUCCGUCCUUUCUUUCGUCGCAAUUUACUCCCCAGUCACUCCCGGAGCCCUCCCUUCGCCAUCACCCCGCGGAUCUCCCUCCCCACAUCCGCCCUCGACACCGAAGCCGACCCCCUCCAGAACGACACGACAAAGGACUCAGCACCUCGUCCAUGACGAGGGUUACGCCCUUCACUCACUACUUCGGCUGCCAGCUGCUGCACGAGCUCGAGGCGCACAAGCAGGUCAACGCGUCGUACGCGCUCGCCGCCCCGAUGCUGUAUGAGUCCAAGGCGGACGGCUCGCUCGCCGCGCACGCCACGCAGACCAACCUGCGGCUGGUCAAGGACGGCUCGCCGCAGGGGAUGACGGUGCACCACGACCACUCGCUCCGCCGCGCGCUCAACCGCGGGCAAGACUUCCAGGAGGGCCCGCAGACCGAGUUCAUCGAGGACCACGGCUUCCUCAUCGAGAGCGACAAGAUCAGCACCGUCAUCGACCCGCGCGCCUCCUUCACGCUCGAGUACCUCGACAUGAUCAUGACGAUCCGCGCCAAGGGGUGGAAGGUGCUCUUUGUCCCCACCGCGCGGCUCGAGUUCCGCAUCACCGAGUUCUCGUGGCGCGACAUCCCGUACUUCAUGUACAAGCGCUCCGAGGCGACCGCGCACGGCACGCGCGACUACCUCAAGGCCAAGUGGCGGGCAAACUUCCCAAACACGGGCUUCUGGACCUACAUCAAGUACACCAUUGUCGAGCAGCACGUGUACGACGCGCACUACCUCUCGCCGCUCGCGUGGAAGGACCAGGCGGCCCUCGCCUUUGGCUUCUUCCAGAUGGCGGGCUACAACCGCUACUCCCUCACACCCAAGCGGGCGAAGCCGCCCGCAGACUUCCUCGAGGUGCUGCAGCGGCUCGACCGCCGCUGGGCGCCGCCCUCCGCCACCCUCUGCAGCCGGCAGCUCGCCCGCCCCGCGGUGAGCGAGACGCGGCCGGCCUACGUCUCCCACCUCGACGAGAUCCUGCCGUACGGGCAAGGCUCGGGCGUCGAGGCGGACUUUACGCACGAGUACCUCCCCUUCGCCGUCGCGCGGCUGACCGUGCCGUCGUGCGACGUGCUCCCCGCCGCCACCGAGGCGGUCUGCGGCGUCCUCGUCGAGCGGACCGACGGGUGCGACUGCUGGGUCAACAUGCCAACCUUCAAGUCCAACUCGCUCUUUGUCCGCGCGAUGUCGCUCUUCGCCGCCGCAAUCAAGGCGCCCCCCCGUCUGCAACGUGGGCGACGCCGACUGCACCGCCUCCUUCUCCUUCCCGCGCUCGGCGCGGCUCCGCCUCUUCCGGGGCGCGCCCGCCGCCAUCCACGAGGUGCAGGCCGCGCUCGCCGCCCUCGCCGCCUUCUGAGCACCGCCGCCGGACACGUCACCGCACGCCACGGACGCGUGUGUUGACGGACGCACUCAUGGACGCGCUCAUGAAUGCCUUCGUGGGCCAAUGGCGGGCGGUGGGUGGGCGGGGCGUCGCGCCCGUCGCCUCUCCGCCACCUUGCAGCGGCGGCGCGCAGGGCUGGAGGGGCGGCGGUGGCGCUUGACGGAACUCGGGGUGGUUUCGGGGUGGCUUCGGCCAACUGCAGCGCCCCGCCGGAGGCGCCACAUUCUUGGGCCAUGCGCAUGUGGAGGGAGCUUGGGAGCGCGCCGUGCACUGCACACCGCGCGAUCUCGGUUCGGCAUCGGGGCUGUCCCCAGCAAUCCGGCAGGCCAGGUGGAGCCGAAAGAGAGGGGAGUUAGUCGAGAGAGAGCUCGUUUGGAGGUUACUUUAUUAGGUGUGUGAGAGUUUCUACGGCGAGGGUCAAUAUGCGAGCUACAACGCUCAACGGGGGUUUGCUAAAAGACGUAAGAGAGUUGGGU